AUACCAUACAUGAUCGAAACAGAACGCGGUACACGUAAUAACCAUACGAUACACGUGUUCUGCGGUUUCGAUCAAAUACCGCGCCAGGUAUGAAAAAACCCAAUGACACCACUCCGGCCCGCAGAGUCAGCACAGACCCCAAGAACCAAGCUUAUCCAGACCCUAAUAAGAUUCGUAGCGAUACAAGUCGUAACAAGCGUGGUACAAGCGUGACCCGGCUUCGUUCCCCCGGACGAGCCGUCGCUGAGGUCUCCCAGCAGCCAGGACGAACUGGUGUGAACCAGCCAGCCGCAUGCUGAAAGAUUACGAGUGUAAAAUACGCGUGGCUAGUCUGGAAUAGG